AUGGAUCGUGCCGAGCAGGCAUUUGAGGAGGAGAAAACUCGGAAAGCAGCUGCGCUGGAGCGAGCCAGCAGGGCCUCCGCCGAGAACCGCGCAGUGGUGUUCCCGUUUGGCAUCAACCACGUCAGCUUGCCUUUUUGCGGUUCCAUAGAGACUUCCAAACCUGCUCCGAAGAAAGCGGAGUCGGCACCCGGACCUUCCAUCUUCUGGGCGGAUCUCGCUGCGGACGACACUUCCUCCGACGAGGAAGAGGAAGGAGAGUUCGGUGGGUCCGCGUUGCAUCAAGCUGCCCUGGUGUCGUCCUUGAGCCAAGUCCUCGCGCUUUUGCGACGUGGUGCCAAAGUCAAUCGCUGCGAUCCGUUUCGUGAGACCGCCCUGCACAUGGCUGCGCGUGUUGGCAGUCUGGAAAUUUGCGCGGCGCUGUGUGCUGCACGCGCGGAUCCCACCGUGCGCAACAAGGACAACAACUCAGCCCUGGACGUGGCCAACUUCUCGCAACAACAGAACAUCUGCCAUCUGCUGCAGGACUUGAGCUGA